AUGACUGUAGUGAAGGUGCACCUGACCGUGCAGCCUGAGGUUGCCGAUGACUCCUCAGAGAAGCUGUACGAGGCUCCAGGAGGAAGCGACUCGCUCAUCAGGGUCUCCUCCUUCUCAUCACUGAUGGCGGCAGGGUGUCCGGAGGGACAGAGUGUGGGGAUACAGUUCCUGGAAUCCGACUUCAACCCGUUCGAGUACUCCAACAAUUCCCGUAACAUCCAGGCCGACGUGCUGGGUCUCGCUGUGAAAUGUGGUAAUGUCACUCUUCCGGUGUCCGGUCUGACGGAUCCCAUCGACAUCUUGUCACGGAGAGAGACUAACAGCCUGAACGGGUCCAUGUACACGUUUGCCGGUUCAGUAGCUUUGGGGAAAGUAGAGGUUUGUUAACUAAUGUUCAGGCGUGUUUUUGCCUCGUCCUAUAAGAAUAUGACAUUCAGACAGUCACUUAAAUAUACAUUUUGGACCAGAUUUAAGCAGAUUAACAUAACUUCCAAGAGAAGAACCUAUCGGUGUUUGCUUGCUUGGUUUGUAAGUAUAAAGCUGAUAAUGCCGGCCGAAUUGCAGGUGUUCCAGUUUUACGUGAAGAAGAUAUCGUCCUCCCUGUCCUUCGUGGUUGACGUCAACACCACCCAGUUUCCUCAGCCAAUCACCUUGCUGCUCCGCAAGGGGGCGCCUCCAACCCCGGCUGCGCACAACUGGACAGUCACCCUGCCACUUCCCGAGGACCAGCUGUUCUCCGUGCCGUGGAGAGACAACAGCUCACUGACCUCCAACCCUUACCAGUGGAUGGUGCCGACAGGAGACAUCGACUUCUCUCCCUUUGAUGCAGGAAAC